AAACCCACGUGGUUAAUCAAAACAUCAUGGCGGCUGGUUUCAAGACUGCUGAGCCCCUGGAGUACCACAGGAGCUUUCUGAAAGAAAACUGCCGACCUGAUGGACGGGAGUUGUCAGAUUUCAGAACUACAACGCUAAACAUAGGGUCCAUAUCCACGGCAGACGGCUCAGCCCUGGUGAAGAUCGGAAACACCACCGUCAUCUGUGGGAUCAAGGCGGAGUUGGCAAACCCUACAGUAGAAGCACCUGGUAAAGGUUAUAUUGUGCCCAAUGUGGACCUGCCGCCUCUGUGCUCCUCUCGGUUCCGACCAGGCCCUCCCGGAGAACAGGCCCAGGCUUCCAGCCAGUUCGUCGCUGAUGUAAUAGAGAGCUCUGAAUUGAUACAAACAGAGGACUUGUGCAUCGAAAGAGGAAAGCUCUGCUGGGUGCUCUACUGCGACAUGAUGUGUCUGGACUACGAUGGGAACCUGCUGGAUGCAUGUAUUGUUGCCCUCCUUGCUGCUCUGAAGAACACACAACUCCCAGAGGUCACUAUCAACGCAGAGACUUGUACACCAGCGGUGAAUUCAGAGAAGAGACACGGGCUGCACAUUCACAAACAUCCAGUCGCUACCUCUUUUUGUAUCUUCGAUAACUCCAUACUGAUUGUAGACCCCACAGCUGAGGAGGAGAGUCUGGUGACUGCUCAGCUCACCGUGGUGACAGACGAGGAAGAUCGACUCUGCUCUGUGCACAAACCAGGUGGGACAUCACUGUCGGGAGAGAAGCUGCAGGAGUGUAUCAGCCGGGCAACAACACGACAGAGAGAGAUCCAGAAACUCAUUGAUAAAGUCAUACACAGUGUGAAGACGGCACAAUAAAGGGCCUCAGACAAU